UCCGGGAUGUGGCGGGGCCUUUGUCUCUCACUGCAGCCUGAGCUCCAGGUCUUGCGUUCAUUGCUCUGUGUCCUCUGCUCCUAGAGGCCCGGCCUCUGUGACCCUGUGACCUGCAGGUAUUGGGAGACUCACAGCUAAGACACCGGGACCCCCUGAAAGCCUAGAAAUGUCCAUGGGGAGCUGAUUUUCCGCUGCAUUUUUCACCUGUGUCCCAAGCAGGUUCUUAUGUCUAACCGCCAUUCCCCGUUUCUCCAGCAUCACUGGCUUGCAGAAGACCUGAGGUCUGGAAUGUAUCCUCUCAAGGGAGCAAGUGGAUGCCCUGCGGCUGAGAGGAAUCUUCUGGUGUACUCUUAUUUUGAAAAGGAGACAUUGACAUUUAGGGAUGUGGCCAUAGAAUUCUCUCUGGAGGAGUGGGAAUGCCUGAACCCUGCUCAGCAGAAUUUAUAUAUGAAUGUGAUGUUAGAGAACUACAAAAACUUGGUCUUCUUGGGUAUUGCUGUCUCUAAGCAAGACCCAGUCACCUGUCUGGAGCAAGAAAAAGAGCCCUGGAAUAUGAAGAGACAUGAGAUGGUGGAUGAACCCCCAGCUAUGUGUUCUUAUUUUACCAAAGACCUUUGGCCAGAGCAAGACAUAAAAGAUUCUUUUCAACAAGUGAUACUGAGAAGAUAUGGAAAAUGUGAACAUGAGAAUUUACAGUUAAGAAAAGGCUCCACAAGUGUAGAUGAGUAUAAGGUGCACAAAGAAGGUUAUAAUGAACUAAACCAGUGUUUGACAACUACCCAGAGCGCAAUAUUUCCAUUUGAUAAAUAUGUGAAAGUCUUUCAUAAAUUUUUAAAUGCAAAUAGACAUAAGACAAGACAUACUGGAAAGAAACCUUUCAAAUGUAAAAAAUGUGGCAAAUCAUUUUGCAUGCUUUUACACCUAAGUCAACAUAAAAGAAUUCAUAUUAGAGAGAAUUCUUACCAAUGUGAGGAAUGUGGCAAAUCCUUUAAAUGGUUCUCAACCCUUACUAGACACAAGAGAAUUCAUACUGGAGAGAAACCCUUCAAAUGUGAAGAAUGUGGCAAAGCUUUUAAGCAGUCCUCAACCCUUACUACACAUAAGAUAAUUCAUACUGGAGAGAAACCCUACAAAUGUGAAGAAUGUGGCAAAGCCUUCAACCGGUCCUCACACCUUACUACACAUAAGAUAAUUCAUACUGGAGAGAAACCCUACAAAUGUGAAGAAUGUGGCAAAGCUUUUAACCAGUCUUCAACCCUUACUACACAUAAGUUCAUUCAUGCUGGAGAGAAACCCUACAAAUGUGAAGAAUGUGACAAAGCUUUUAACCGAUUCUCAUACCUUACUAAACAUAAGAUAAUUCAUACUGGAGAAAAAUCUUACAAAUGUGAAGAAUGUGGCAAAGGCUUUAAUUGGUCCUCAACCCUUACUAAACACAAAAGAAUUCAUACUGGAGAGAAACCUUACAAAUGUGAAGUGUGUGGCAAAGCCUUUAAUGAGUCCUCAAACCUUACUACACAUAAGAUGAUUCAUACUGGAGAGAAACCCUACAAAUGUGAAGAAUGUGGCAAAGCCUUUAACCGGUCCCCACAACUUACUGCACAUAAGAUAAUUCAUACUGGAGAGAAACCUUACAAAUGUGAAGAAUGUGGCAAAGCUUUUAGCCAAUCAUCAAUCCUUACUACACAUAAGAGAAUUCACACUGGAGAGAAACCCUACAAAUGUGAAGAAUGUGGCAAAGCUUUUAACCGAUCCUCAAAUCUUACUAAACAUAAGAUAAUUCAUACAGGAGAGAAAUCUUACAAAUGUGAAGAAUGUGGUAAAGCCUUUAACCAAUCCUCAACUCUUACUAAACAUAGGAAAAUUCAUACUAGAAAGAAACCCUACAACUGUGAAGAAUGUGGCAAUGCAUUUAACCAGUCCUCAAACCUUAUUAACAAAAUAAUUCUUACUGGAGAGAAACUCUACAAAUGUGAAGAAUGUGGGAAAGCCUUUAAGCAGUCCUCAACUCUUACUAAGCAUUAAAAAUUGGCCGGUACAGUGGCUCAUGCCUGUAAUCCCAGCAUUUUGGGAGGCUGAGGCAGGCGGAUCACAAGGUCAAGAGAUCGAGACCAUCCUGGCCAACAUGGUGAAACCC